GACCGCGUCGCGUUUUGGGGGGACGGUGGCCGACGAGCAGCAGUCAGCACACGGAGCUAAAGGUUGUUAAAACGACCCCAGGAGAAUCUGACAUCCUGCCGAGGAGAUGUGGACCAUGGGUCAGCAGACAGGACACCAAACCACGGAAAGCUGUCUAUAUUGCAUCAUAUCUGCUGCAGUGCAGGAAGCUUCCUGUAGGAGGGAGAGAAGCAGAAAAACCUGGCACCAGCUGGCGAAACAUAAAACAAACACUUACAGUCAGGCGUUUCCAGCUGACACCCAGUUUCCACCAUGGGCUCCCCGGCGGCUGCAGCCCGGCCUCUCCGGCUCUCUGCGCUCUGCGCACGGACACUACCUGCGACCCGAGCUGGUGCGGAACUCCGACCCGGAGCCUCUGUCGCUGUCUUGGCCAGAAGAGACCUGAACGUCCAGACGACGGCUGAGACGGGAAAGCUGAAGAGCAUCCAUGAUCUGCCGGGGCCCAGUGUGUCCACCACCCUGUACUGGUUAUUUGUCAAAGGAUAUGCGGACAAGAGUCACCUGAUGCAGGGUUUACAGAAGAGUCUGUUCGGGCCCAUUUGGCGCUCCAGGUUCGGCCCAUUCGACCUCGUCAACGUGGCGAGUCCGGAGCUCAUAGCUCAGGUGAUCCAGCAGGAGGGUCGCUACCCGGUCCGAGCCGAGCUGCCGCACUGGAAGGAGUACAGGGAGCUGAGAGGACAGGCCUACGGGCUGCAUGUGGACACAGGACCAGAGUGGUACCGGAUCCGCAGCGCCCUGAACCCCAAGAUGCUGAAGCUGCGGGAAGUGUCGGCUUUCGCUCCCAUCAUCCACCAGGUGGUCGGAGAUCUGAUCCAGCGCAUUGAGCUCCUCCGCAGUCAGAGUCCGGACCGGGACACGGUUUCGGAUCUGGCCUCUGAGCUCUACAAGUUUGGCUUCGAGGGUAUCUCCUCAAUCUUGUUUGAGACCAGGCUGGGCUGCCUGCAGGAGGAGAUUCCCCAAGACACGCUGCGCUUCAUCGCUGCUGUCAACAACAUGCUGACGCUGUCGGACAUGGUGGUCCUUUUCCCACGCUGGAGCCGCAGCAUCCUCCCCUUCUGGAAGCGCUUUGUUCAGGCUUGGGACGACCUCUUUGACGUAGCUAAGACCCUCAUCGACAGGAGAAUGGCUGAAAUCGAAGCCCAGGUGCACAGAGGUGAGCCCGCGGACGGCAUGUACCUGACUUAUCUGCUGUCGUCUGACAAGCUGACCAGAGCCGAGCUCUACAUCAGCAUCACGGAGCUGCUGCUCGGAGGAGUCGACACGACGUCCAACACCUUGUCCUGGACGUUGUACCAUUUAGCGAGGGACCCCAGGGUUCAGGAUCGGCUGCACAGGGAGGUGAGCUCUGUGUGUCCUGACAGACGGGAGCCAACCACAGACGACCUGAACAGGAUGCCCUACCUGAAGGCCGUUAUAAAGGAGACGUUACGCCUUUAUCCUGUGGUACCUGGAAACGGACGUUUCGUUUCAGAGAAUGAAGUGAUUGUCAACAACUACUGGUUCCCAAAGAAAACGCAGUUCCAUCUGUGUCAUUACGCCGUCUGUCACGAUGAGGCACAGUUUGUCGAUGCCGAGCGUUUCAUCCCGGAGCGUUGGCUCCGUGCUGAGACGCCCGACGGUGGCGGUGGCAGGGCGGUGCCUGGACUCUACCAGCACCACCCGUACAGCUUCAUCCCGUUCGGUGUCGGUGUGCGAGCCUGCGUGGGGAAGAGGGUGGCGGAGAUGGAGAUGUAUUUUGCUCUUUCCCGGCUGAUGCAGCACUACGAGGUCCAUCCUGAGGACGGUGCCCCGACCGUGGAGCCUAAGACUCGAACGCUGCUGAUCCCUGCGAAGCCCAUCAACCUGCGCUUCCUGCCCAGAGCCUAAUGAGGGCAGAGCACAGGUGUUUGC